GGGGCGGAGGAGAGGCGGCUGGGCUCCGGCUCGGCUCCCAGCUCCACUCUGCCUCCCGCUCCACGCUAUCUUGCGGCCCAAGCCUCCGGCUCCUGCCCCAGGACCCCGGGGAGGGCCCGAAACCCCUGUGAGUUCCCAGACGAAAGCCCUGUCAGCCCCUCCUCCGGGCCCCCAGCCCCGGCAGGUCGCUGCGCCGCCAGGGGGCGCCGUGUGAGCGCCCUAUCCCGGCCACCCGGCGCCCCCUCCCACGGCCCAGGCGGGAGCGGGGCGCCGGGGGCCAUGCGGGGCCAAGGCCGGAAGGAGAGUUUGUCCGAAUCCCGAGAUCUGGACGGUUCCUACGACCAGCUUACGGGCCACCCUCCAGGGCCCACUAAAAAAGCCCUGAAGCAGCGGUUCCUCCAGCUGCUGCCGUGCUGCGGGCCCCAAGCCCUGCCCUCAGUCAGUGAAACAUUGGCUGCCCCAGCCUCCCUCCGCCCCCACAGACCCCGCCCGCUGGACCCAGACAGCGUGGAGGAUGAGUUCGAACUGUCCACGGUGUCUCACCGGCCUGAGGGUCUGGAGCAGCUGCAGGAACAAACCAAGUUCACACGCAAAGAGUUGCAGGUCCUGUACCGAGGCUUCAAGAACGAAUGCCCCAGCGGAAUCGUCAAUGAGGAGAACUUCAAGCAGAUUUACUCCCAGUUCUUCCCCCAAGGAGAUUCCAGCACCUACGCUACUUUUCUCUUCAAUGCCUUUGACACCAACCACGAUGGCUCUGUCAGUUUUGAGGACUUUGUGGCUGGUUUAUCGGUGAUUCUUCGGGGAACCAUAGACGAUAGGCUGAACUGGGCCUUCAACUUGUAUGACCUCAACAAGGACGGCUGUAUCACCAAGGAGGAAAUGCUUGACAUCAUGAAGUCCAUCUACGACAUGAUGGGCAAGUACACAUACCCUGCCCUCCGCGAGGAGGCCCCAAGAGAGCAUGUGGAGAGCUUCUUCCAGAAGAUGGACAGGAACAAGGAUGGCGUGGUGACCAUUGAGGAAUUCAUCGAGUCUUGUCAAAAGGACGAGAACAUCAUGAGGUCCAUGCAACUCUUCGAUAAUGUCAUCUAGCCCCCACCCAGGGGGAGGGCUAGUGGGGUGACCAUGCUCUAGUCCUAGUUCAGGUGAACCUAACCCUUCUCUGCCCGGGUCUGUCCUCAUCCUCCCUGUACCCUGGGGGCUGUAGGGAUUCCAGGUCCUGGGCCUUCAUUAGUCCAGAUCCCUGGAGCUGGGUGGCAGGAGGGGACAGCGUGUAUCUGGGAGGGGAGUGCCCAGCUCCCAGCAGCUCUCACCCCCUUCUCGCCUGAUGCCAGUGCUGAGGACACCCCGGUGUAGGGACCGUGUGGUUCCUCACCUCCCGACCGCACUCUAGAAACCACAUUAGACUAAUGUCUCGUGCUAUGGUGCUUCCCCCGUCCCUGGCCUCACAGACUCCCCUCUAAGAAUCCUUUCUCAGAGAAUAUGCUCCGUCCAUGUCCCUGGCUGGCUUUUGAGCAUAGCCUUCGAGGAGCCUGCAGGAGGGGGACAAGAAAGAGAGAACCUUGGCCUUGAGCCAGUGCUUAGGGCCUAGGAAUUGGUGGGAGCAGAAAACAGGAAGCCUGGGCAGAUGUUGAGCCCAGGCGGGGCUGCCACUGCCAAGUUCUAUGGGUCUGCUGUCCGGGGCCAGCAGAACAUGAGUUCCUUGACUCCCCAGAAGGCCUUAUGUCCUUAGCCAUGUCCCAGAAAUUUACCAUACGCUUCUCAGUGUCUUAGGAGAGCCUGGGAUCCAGAUAGCUGGUUUCUCUCCAGAUCCUCUCCAUCAUUCUUGCUUGUGUGGUGGGAGUGGUGGCCAGGGGAAGGUGAGUGGGAGGUGUCCUGGAUGAUGCCUUUCUAAGUCCCAUCCUGCCCUCCUGCCUGUCACCUGUUUCGAUGGCUUCAGUUUCAAUUUUCCAUGGCCUCUAGAUUUGGAGGCCUGGAGUGAGUCAGGGAUUUUCCUGAACUUGAGUCUUCCCACUCCUAGUGGCUGCCUUAGGGGAAGGAGAGGACACAGGCAGGCACUCCAUCUGAACCCAGUAUGGGGGCAUUCAUUGGAAUCAUUGCCCAACCCUCCACAACGCCCUAGGAUGCUCUAGGGUCCGUCCCCUCUCCCUCUAUCUAGUCUACCCAGAGAUGCCCCUGAGCUCACCUAGAGGGCGGGGACCACAGGAUUCAGGUCCGACCUUAUUGUCAGCACCCUGCCAUGCUGCUGCCCCUCCUAAUACACCUGCUUGUCCCAUUCAGCUCCCUUCCCAGUCAGCUAGGGUCUGAGGGGAAGGCCCGCUCAGAGCCCCCAACCCGUCAGACAUGGCUGACUGCUUUGCAUUUUGGGCUCUUUACCUAUUUUGUAAAAUAAGACACCAGGUCCAAUAAAACACAAUGGCUAUGCA